ACGCUGGGUGGGUGUAGGUGCCUGCUGGAGCCGCUCAAACCCUGGGAACGCGAUCAAGACUGCAGCCCAACUUUCUCAUCCGUUUUCCCCGUCCCACAGACGUGCUUUGCUCCCACUCGGCGAACUCCUCUUAAAAGCCGCGGGACUUUUCCUCGAAGCGUCCCACUCGGAGCAGAUCGCGCGCGCAGGUGGAGAGGAUGAUGGCGAGCGAACCGGCGCGACGCAGCCGGACGCGAGCGGAGCUUCUGUUCUGGCCGCUGCUGGUGACGUGCUGCCCUUCGGUUUGGGCCCAGGAGCUGCCGAGCAACGGGCUGAACGGGUACAGCCUGCACCCGCCUUACUUCAACCUGGCGGAGGGCACCAAGAUCACCGCCACGGCGACCUGCGGGCUGGACGACACCGGCCGAACCGUACGGGACCUGUACUGCAAGCUGGUGGGAGGCCCGGUGUCCGGAGACCCGAGCCAGACUAUCCAGGGCCAGUACUGUGACGUCUGUAGCCAGGGCGAUAGCGACCGCGCCCAUCCCAUCACCAACGCCAUAGAUGGUACCGAGCGGUGGUGGCAGAGCCCACCUCUGUCCCGCAGCACUGAGUACAACGAGGUGAACGUCACCCUGGACCUUGGACAGCUCUUCCACGUGGCCUAUGUGCUGAUCAAGUUUGCCAAUUCUCCCCGUCCAGACCUUUGGGUUCUGGAAAGAUCCACAGACUUCGGCCUGACCUACCAGCCCUGGCAAUACUUUGCCUCCUCUAAGAGAGACUGUAUCGAGCGUUUUGGACAGAGGACCAUCCAGAGAAUCAAUAGUGACGAUGACAUCAUCUGCACCACUGAGUACUCCCGCAUAGUCCCACUUGAAAAUGGAGAGAUUGUGGUGUCCUUGGUGAACGGUCGUCCAGGGGCCUUAAACUUCUCCUACUCACCAGUACUGAGGGACUUCACCAAGGCCACCAACAUCAGGCUCCGCUUCCUGAGAACCAACACGCUGCUGGGACAUCUGAUGGGCAAAGCGCUUCGUGACCCCACUGUCACACGCAGGUAUUAUUACAGUAUCAAAGACAUCAGUAUCGGAGGGCGCUGUGUGUGUAACGGACACGCUGAGGCUUGUGAUGCCAAGGAUCCCAACGACCCCUACAAGUUGCAGUGUGACUGUCAGCACAACACAUGUGGUGUGUCAUGUGACCAGUGUUGCCCUGGAUACAAUCAGUUGCCAUGGAAACCAGCAACGACCUACAGUGCCAACGAAUGUGAACCUUGUAACUGUCACCGUCACUCGUUUGAUUGUUACUAUGACCCCGAUGUGGAUCAGAGGAGAGGCAGCAUCGAUGUCAACGGACACCACAGAGGUGGAGGCGUCUGCCUCAACUGCCAGCAUCACACGACUGGAGUCAACUGUGAGCGCUGCAUCCCCACCUACUACAGAUCCCCUCACCACUCGAUUGACUCCCCGCUGGCCUGCUCACCCUGUGACUGUCAGUCGGAGUUUACAGACGGCACAUGCGAGGAUGUGACUGGCCGCUGUUUCUGUAAACCCAAUUACACUGGGGAAAACUGUGGCUCCUGCGCCAGCGGCUUCAUCAACUUUCCUGAGUGCUACCCUAUCCCCAUCUACAACAACAACAACAGUGAGGCCAAGCCAGCAGGAGAGAUCAUCAACUGUGAGUGCAGCGCACCAGGUACCGUGGAGAACUCGUGCAGGCCGGACCCCCGGACCCACACCUGCAUCUGUAAACCUGGGUUCAGUGGUGACCACUGUGACGCCUGCGCUCCUGGUUUCUACGGACCCAACUGUCAGGCCUGUCAGUGUUUAGGUCCUGGCUGCCUUGACGGUUCCUGUGACCUGGUGACGGGCCAUGGUGUUUGUCGUAGCGGUUUCCAAGGUUACGAGUGUGACCAGUGUGCACCGGGUUACUUCAACUACCCACUCUGCCAGUUGUGCGGCUGCAGCUCGGUGGGCUCCCUCCACGACAGCUGUGACGUUUCCGGUCGCUGCCUGUGUAAGCCAGAGUUUCAGGGUCCUCGAUGUGAACAGUGCAGAUCAGGCUUCCACUCGUACCCUAACUGUCAAGUGUGUGCGUGUGACACUCGCACCUCAGUGGACAGCGUCUGCACGGCGUCGGGCCACUGCCACUGCCGACCCAGAUACAGCGGAGCAGCAUGCGAUCAGUGUGCCCCUGGCUACUACAGUUACCCAAGCUGCACGCCGUGUCAGUGUUCUACAGAAGGUUCUCACUACAGCAGCUGCGACCAGGUGACAGGACAGUGUGUGUGUCUGCCUCACGUGGUGGGACUGAGGUGCGACAGCUGUGCACACGGCUCCCAUGGUUUCCCCAACUGCCACGCUGGCUCGUGUCACCCUGCUGGUUCUGUUCAGGUGGUGGGACAGCGUCCUGUGGGAGAAUGCGAGUGUCGUCAUCACGUAGAGGGCCCUGCCUGUGACAGAUGUAAACCUCUGUACUGGAACCUGUCCCCAGACUCUGCUGAGGGAUGCACAAACUGUGAGUGUAACAUUGCGGGGACAGUGAGUGGGGUCGCAGAGUGUGCACAGGAAACGGGUCAGUGCUUCUGUAAAGCCAACACAUGCAGUGGGACCUGCUCCACCUGUAAAGACGGCUACUACAACCUGCAGGAACACGACUACUUGGGCUGCCAGGGGUGCCAGUGUGACAUCGGGGGUUCGGCAGGUCAGUCUUGCGGAGAGAGGAAUGGCCGCUGUCGCUGCAGACCCAAUGUGGAGGGACCAAAGUGUAACCUACCUCGUUCAGAUCAUUACUUCCCUGACCUCCAUCAUCUGAAGUUUGAAGUUGAAGAGGGGACCACGCUGGACGGGCGCCCCGUUCGCUUCGGCUACAGCACUCAGGAGUUCCCAGGCUUCAGCUGGAGAGGUUACGCUCAGAUGUCUCCCAUCCAGUCAAAGGUGUUGGUGUCAGUGUCGGUCAGCUCUCCAGACCUCUUCCAUGUGGUGCUUCACUACAUUAACCCCGGAGGUUCAGAUGUCCGUGGCAGGUUACUGGUCAUAGACGACAGCUGGAACUACUACUGUGGUAACUGUUCUGAACAGUCCAAACAGAUCAUCUUUGCUCCCAGUGUGGAGCCAACAUUCGUCAACGUUCCCCAGAAUAAUUUUGUGGAACCUUUUGUUCUGAACCCGGGAACGUGGACUGUGGUUAUAGAGGCUGAGGGCGUCUCCUUGGAUUACUUGGUCCUGCUGCCCAGUGCCUACUAUGAAGCUCCCAUCCUGCAGAUCCGAGUGACGGAGCCCUGCACCUACAGCUCAGUGCCGGACACCAAUCAGAACUGUCUGCUGUACAGGUAUCUGUCUCUAGACUCCUUUCCUUUCAUCUCUGGCAAUGAUGCCAACUGCCGCAGCGAUAACCAUCUGCCUCGCCCCUGCCCCACUGAGAAGGUGACCCCGCGCCAUCCUGACAUGGCAGUCUGUAGUGGCCACGAUAUUAGCAUCGAGCUGCGCCACAGAGUGUCAGCUCCGGGUGACUACGUUGUGGUGGUUGAGUACGCCAGCGAGGAAGAGUUCCCUCAAACUCUGUCUGUGGCCGUCAACGCGCCGAGAGCACGAUCACAUCAUCGCGUCACCCUGCUGCACUGCAAGUACAGCUUCCUGUGUCGCGUUGUGGCUGUUGACGUACACAACAGAGUAGCCAUCUUCUCUCUUCCUGCUGACACGGAGCUGCAGCUCAUCUCAGACCAGGCUUCCUUUUUUUUGCACAAAGUGUACUUGGUGCCUAAGGAACAGUUUGCUAUGGAGUAUGUGGAGCCUAGAGUCUACUGCAUCAGCGCUCAUGGGCAGUUUUCCCCUGAUAGUUCGUCCUGUGUCCCGUCGCGCUUCCAGACCCCGUCAGACUCGCUGGUUCUGAAGGAAGGCCAGAGCUCCUCCAUGCAGGAGCUUAUCAUGGCUCCUCCUCCCUCACAGCAGAGCGCCAGGCAGGCGUGGACCGGAGGGGACCGACCUCCACACGGAGCAGACAACAGCGACCACGUCAGGCUGGACUCACUGCAGAAUGCAGCAGUGUACUCGACCCGGGUCCACACCCUGGGCCGUUACGUCUUCAUCUUCCACUAUCAUCAGCCCCUCCACCCCACCUUCCACGUGCAGGUUUACAUCAACGGAGGGCGCAUCUGGCACGGUCACACCAACGCCUCCUUCUGCCCGCAUGCUUAUGGCUGCCGUAAUGUACUGGUCUCUGAGAACCAGAUCAUUUUAGACGUGACCGACCAUGAAGUGUUCCUCACCGUGCAGAUACCUGCAGCCAGGACCCUGUGGCUCGAUUAUGUGCUGGUUGUGCCUGAGUCGAGCUACAGCUCAAGUUACCUGAACGAAGAGCCUCUGGACAAAUCGUAUGACUUCAUCAGCAACUGUGGCCAAAACAGCUUCUACAUCAAUCCCGCCACCGCCUCCCCAGUCUGCCUCAGCUCGGCUGUGUCGCUGUCGGCUUUCUUCAAUAACGGAGCGCUGCCCUGCGCCUGCCAUGAGGUCGGCGCUGAGAGCGACACCUGCGAGCCGUUUGGUGGCCAGUGUCGCUGUCGGCCGUACGUGAUCGGUCGAGACUGCUCCAUGUGCGCCACGGGCUUCUGGGGAUUCCCCAACUGCAGACCCUGUAACUGCGGCACACGGUUGUGUGAACCCGUGACUGGUGACUGCAUCUGUCCUCCGAGGACGCUGCGCCCCGAGUGCACUCAGUGUGAGCCCCAGACCUUUGGCUGCCACCCGGUGGUGGGCUGUGAGGUCUGCAACUGCUCCCGACCCGGCGUGCUCGUCCCCGAGGGCAGCUGUGACACGCUCAGCGGCCAGUGCAGAUGUAAGAACAACAUUGUUGGGCGUCAGUGUGAUCGCUGUGCUCCUGGUUUCUAUGGUUACCCAAACUGUCGGCCGUGUAACUGCAACGAUGCUGGAACUGAGGAGGGAGUGUGCGAUGCUUUCACAGGACAGUGUUUGUGCAAGGAGAAUGUCCAGGGUUCUCACUGUGACCAGUGCAAAGCUGGUACGUUCCACUUGGACCCGACCAACCCCAAAGGCUGCACCAGCUGCUUCUGUUUCGGGGCGACCGACCGCUGCCGCAGCUCUGACAAGAGGCGCACGGAGAUCAUGGACAUGGAGGGUUGGGUCUUGCUGGGAGCAGACCGACAGGAAGUACUGGUAACUGUGUAUCCUGGUCAAGACCUUGUGGAGGCUGACCUGAGUGACGUACCUGAUGUCUACCAGGAUCUCCACUGGCACGCACCAAAAGCAUACCUGGGAGACAAAGUCUCAUCCUAUGGGGGUAAUCUGAGGUACCGGCUCCACACUCAGACCAUGAGAGGCGACGCGUUCCCACUGCCAGCGGAAGCCUCCAGGCCAGACAUCAUCCUCAAGGGAAACCAGAUGACCCUGGUGUUCCUAGAGAGAGAGUACUCGUCACCCGAGAAGCCUCAUCUAGGAAUAGUUCAUAUGGUGGAGGGAAGCUUUCGUCAUGCUCAGACCGGGAACCAGGUGUCACGUGAGGAGUUGAUGAUGGUUCUGGUUGGCCUGGAGUCUUUGCAGAUCAGAGCUCUGCACUCCCAGUCCGCCCAUGCGGUGUCGCUUCGUGGUGCGGUGCUGGAAGGUGCCGAGAUCUUGCCCUCUGGUCGCCAUGCCAACAAUGUGGAGAUCUGCAUGUGUCCCGCCAACUACCUGGGAGACUCGUGUCAGAAAUGUGCACCGGGCUACUAUAGAGACACUAUUGGCCUGUUUCUGGGGAAGUGUGUUCCCUGCAGCUGUAAUGGACACUCUGAUCACUGUCUGGACGGAUCAGGAAUCUGCAAGAACUGUCAACAUAACACAAUUGGUGACCACUGUGAAAGAUGCCAGGGUGGUUUCCUUGGCAACAACAGUCUUGAUGGACAGGCAGUGUCCUGCUCCAGCUGCCCCUGCCCCCUUAGGGUCCCGUCCAACAAUUUUGCAGAGGGUUGUUUGCAGAAAAAUGACAGGAUGCAGUGUCUGUGCAUGCCGGGUUAUGCUGGCCCUCACUGUGAAAGAUGCGCCCCUGGUUUCUAUGGCAACCCCAUGGUGCUCGGCAGCAGUUGUCAGCUGUGCCAUUGCAACGACAACACGGACCCCAACAUGCUGUUCAUAGAUUGUCACCCUCUAACCGGAGAGUGUCUGAGCUGCAUGCACAACACAGCUGGACCUCACUGUGACAUCUGCGCACCAGGUUACUAUGGCGAUGCCAUCACUGCCAAAAACUGCACCAAAUGUGACUGCUCUCUAUGUGGCACUGAGUCAUGUGACCCUCACACUGGACGCUGUCUCUGUAAGCCAGGAGUCACCGGAGCCCAUUGCGAUCGCUGCAGGGACGGCUCAUUUGGGUUCGACUCGUGCACGGGCUGUCGUCAGUGCGACUGCAAUGCCUCUGCAGCGCUGGUCCAGCCGUGCGACCCCAGGAGUGGUCAGUGUGCUUGCCAGCCCGGAACCAAUGGUCCCAGCUGCAAACAUUGUGCACCGGGAUACUGGGACUACGGACGCAAUGGAUGCAAGAAGUGUAACUGUAGAGGAGGUCAGUGUGACCCUCGCACAGGAGAGUGUCGCUGUCCUGACGGGAUGACGGGAAAACAGUGCGACAGCUGCCUCCAGAAAUACAGUGUUCCUGUAGAGCACCACCAUGAAAUGCACUGUGAACCGUGUGACAGUUGUGUCAUCGUCUUGUUGACGGAUCUCGAAAAGCUGGACGGUGAAUUUCACCUAGCGGCCAGUCAGCUGCACAGCCUUAAUGCCAGCUCAAUGGCCUGGGCUCAGCUCCGCAAUCUCAACACGUUUGUGGAGGACAUCGCUAGAGCCAUAGAGAACUACAACAGUACCCUGGAUGAGAGCAGCAGUCGAGCUGACACUCUGGAUGGUGACAUUACAACUAUCAGUGACGACAUUGAUCAACUGCAGGACAAGGCAGAAGCGAUGGCUAACAGGGCUGAUGACCUGAGUAACCGGACCACUGACACACACCUAAGGGCACAAAACCUGCUGUCCUUCAUCAGCAACGUAACCAUGGACAUAAACGAGAUGUUGCUGAUGGCAAACAGAUCGUCACAGAAUGACACCGAGGAUGAAGAGGACAGCGAUAAACGGGAGUCGAUGAUGAGGCAGGCCCAGGCCAUGCUGAGGGAGAUGAGGUACCGGAGCUGUGCAGGACAGAAGAAACUGGCCGACAAAGAGAAAAUGGAAGCAGAAAAAUUGUUGGAUCGUGUUACCAAGGAGCUAGCAAGCCGCCAAGAAGAGAACAAUGACUUGGCCAAGGCCAUCAGAGAUCGUCUGGUCCAGUUUCACUCGGACAUGAUGGACCUUCGAGAUGCCCUUAAUGAAGCAGUAAACAACACGGCCACAGCUGCUGAGAUCAACAGUAUCAACGAGAAAAGCCUGGAGGACGCGAAGAGGAGCAUAGAAGAUUUGCUGUCCAAGCAGAAGGAGGUGAAUGACCAGCUAAAUAUGGCAGAAGAGGACAUUGCUCAGGUCAACGACGUUCUGACGAUGCUACACGACACCAAAGAGGAGUAUGAGAAGUUGGCCGCCCAGCUGGACGGCGCCAGGGGGCCGCUCGCCAAGAAGGUGCAAAACUUUUCUGGGAUGAAUAACACAAAACAUCUGGUGGAGAUGGCUGAGGAACACGCUGAAAUGCUCAACGCUUUAGCCAUGAACCUGUCCAGUUUGAUUGCAGAAACCAAGAAGGACGGAACUGUAGAUGUGACACAAGCCUACAACAAAAUCAUCAGCAGCAUCGAGGAGGCAGAGGCGGCAGCCAAGAUGGCCGACAAGGCUGCCAACGCGUCUCUGGAGAACAUAAAGGACCAAGAUUUAGCUCAGAUUGCUGAGUCUUUGAGGAAUCGCAGCAUGGAGCUGAAGGAUGAAGCUGAAAACCUGGAUGAUGAACUUAAUGAUCUGAAACCUCAGCUGGAAGAUGCUCAGCGACAGCUGAUUGAAACCAAGAACAAACAGGCUCAGGUGAAGAAGAACCUGAACGCAAUCCAGAACAAUCUCAGCAUCACUACAAAUGUGAGUCUAGAGAUUGACGAGGCGAAGCAAACAGCUGAGUUGGCAAACACCACAGCCACCCAGGUCAACGAUGCCCUGAAGCCCAUUAAAGAACAGCUGGACCAGUGGCAGCAGACCUACAGGGACACUAACAUCACCAACGAUGACAUCAGCAAGGCUCUAAUGGAGGCCAACAAAACUGUACAAGAGCUGGCUACCUCUAUUCCUACGCUCCUAACAAAGCUGGACCAACUACAGAAUCAGUCCAUUCAGAUGCCGAACAUCUCUGAAAACAUCAACCGUAUCAGACAGCUCAUACAACAAGCGCGCAACACUGCCAGCAAGGUUAGCGUGUCUAUGAAAUUCAACGGGGCGUCUGCGGUCCAGGUUCGCACGCCUCGCAACGUUGCUGACCUGGCUGCCUACACCUCUCUGAAGUUCUACAUCACUCUGUCUGCACCGGCCACGCAAGCCAACAACAGCCAGUUCGUUUUCUACCUUGGUAACAAGGAUUCCAGUAAGGAAUACCUGGGCAUGGCGUUGGAGGGGAAGCGGCUCCGUUGGUACUUUAAUGUCGGAGGAGAAACUGCUGAUGUGCAAAUGCCUGAAGAUGUCCUGACGAAUGAGAAGUUUAACAGUGUAGUGCUGGAAAGAAUCCUUCAGUACGGACAAAUGUCCAUGUCAUCAGAAGUUAGUGGUGGGGGACAAAGUGUCACCAAAGCCAACGUGGAGGCUGUAGGAGACCAGGGGCUGCUGAACCUUUUGACUGACGAUACCGUGUUCUACGUUGGAGGUUACCCAAGCUCAUUCACACCCCCUUCCCCACUCGCGCUGCCUUACUUCACAGGCUGCAUGGAACUAGACACCUUAAAUGAGGAGGUGCUCAGUCUGUACAACUUUGAAAACAUCUUCAAUCUCAACACCACAAUAGAAAAACCUUGUGGCAGAUCAAAGCCGGUGUUGAGUCAGCCCUGGGUCAAUGAUGCAGCGUACUUCGAUGGCAGUGGCUUCGCCGAGAUCGACUAUUCUGUUUAUCAGGAUCAGAGAAGCACUGCUCAGCGGUUUGAACAGGAAGUUAAACUUCUCUCAGACAAAGGAAUCCUGCUCCUGCUGCAGAACGAGAAUCAGUUCCUGUGUCUGGCUGUGCUUAAAGGCAGAUUGAAGGUUUUCUAUGAUUUCACUGGUGACAUGAUGGAGCUGGAGAACACACCAGAUCUAAAGGUCAACGAUGCCGAACCUAGAACUAUGGGCGUUAUCAUAGUGCGUUCAAGCCCGAUGCGCCUUGUAGUCAGAAGCGUCCGCGACAUCCUUUACAACCAGCAGUUCCCUGACAUCCCUGUGUUCAGCAGUGUCUACUACCUGGGAGGAGUCCCACAGGGCCAGAUGCCUGAAAAGCUGAAGGCGCUGUUUCCUAAGCAGGGCUCUCUGAAGGGCUGCUUCAGGAACAUUAAGGUCUCCAGCUCCCAUGUAGACCUGAAGACCAUGAAAAGCUCCGGUGUCAGUUUCGGCUGUGAUGGUGAUCUGCUGGUGGCUCGUGAGGCUCAUUUCACAGGUCAGAGCUACCUGGACUUCAAUCUGACCAACAUCCCCAGCAUCAGCAACAAUUUCUACGCCAGCUUCAGCUUCCGAACAGGCCAGAAGGAAGGACUCCUGUUCUACCAUCAUGAUCAGGAAGGAUUAUGUCAGAUGUUUUUGGACAAGGGUUAUGUUGUGGUGAGAGCUGGCAACGAUGCGGUUAGGACACAGAAGACGUACAAUGACGACAACAGCCACAACAUCGCCAUUUACACCAACAUCAAUGGGAUACGUCUGUACGUUGAUGACGUCCUGGAGAAAGUGCAGACCGUUGCUGCAGUCAGCACAGGCCAUGACAGAAGCUUGCAAGGCCUCACCUUCCUGGGAGGAAUGCCCAGCGACAGCCUCAAGAACCUCACCGGAUGUAUCAGCAACGUGUUCAUCAGGAGAGAUAAAAGUCCUCAGAUGGUUCUAAACCUGCUGAAUGCUGAUGAGAAUGUUGACGUGCCGCUGACGUGUCCUACUGCCAAAAAACCUCAGCAGAUUGUUGCUGCUCGUCCCAGAAGCGGCAGCAAACCCAAGGGUAAGCAGAAGAAGCCCUUGAGAUCUCAGAGUCGUAACAUCAGGGGGUCGUGUCAGGCCGAGCUGUCGGACCAGGAGACUGGUGCAACACAUUUUAGUGGCUCCACACUCAGCUACGAGAGAUUCGACUCUCUGCCCAGGUCACUGACCCACAUCUCCAUGGCAGUGAAGAUCAACUCCUCUGAUGGUUUCCUACUGUAUGUGCCAGGCAGCAAACCCAGCAGAGCUGCGAUGUCACUCAGCGUGUCAGGCGGCCACCUGCUGCUUUUGGUGGGUGGAGGGCAAAGGAAGGUCAGCCUGCGAAGCCGCAAGAAGCAUGACGACAACCAUUGGCACACGGUGUUUAUAAAGCGGGAAGGAGACAGGAUCAGUCUGGUCGUGGAUGGGAUCAGCGCUCAGUCUAAGAGAAUCCUGGGAGACCUGACUCACCUCACUGGACCGUUGUAUGUCGGCGGAGUCCCACCCUCACAGGCCCCAGGUUCUGGUGGAUUUGUGGGUUGCAUCAGGAACCUGACCCUGAACAAAGACCUUGCAGGAGUCCCUGAUUAUAGUCAGGGGACGGUGCCGUGCUACCGGAGCCCACUGCAGCCUGGAGUGUACUUCGCUGCCCAUGGAGGGAUCAUUGCGAUAGAAGAGCCUUUGGUUUUGACUCGAGAUCUUGAGAUCCAGCUGGAGGUUCGACCUGUCUCUGACUCUGGACUGCUGUUGCAUGCUGGGACAUCACCUGGACAACACCUGACCCUGGUCUUCAGGCAGAGAGAAGUGAUGGUUUCAGUAAGCAGUGGCAAACAUGAGCUGACGGUCUCGGUUACCUCUGGAGACUCUCUGUGCAACGGGCACUGGCACACAAUCACCGUGGUGAAGAAAAACAAUGUUGUGGAGCUCCGUGUGGAUGCAGCCAGUCAACAGAAGGUUGGGCCAAAACAGGGUCGCUCAGCAGUGGUCAAAGAGAUCGUUUACCUUGGGGGGUUACCUGACGGUGUUGUCGUUCCACAUCUACCUGGCAACAUGCCAGCCUUUCAUGGCUGCAUCCGCAAAGCAACGGUCAACCAAAGAGCAGCCGUGUUGUCCAGACCCCUGGCAGUGCACGGAGCCGUGGGGACACAGGGCUGCCCACACAUGUAAACCCAGCACACAGUCUUAGCCUCAUGUCCCCCAGCUACACAAUACUGGUGGUGGGUGUCUUGUUACUGUAGCUUAUUUAAAAUCUAUUAAUAUUUAUUUGCAUUUUCAAUAUUUGUAUUUACUUUAAUAUUACUGGUUUGAUUUGUGCUACAACAAUGAAAAUUGUCUCCAUGUAAGAGAUUCACUGAUGCAAGUAGCUGGUACAUGAUAUAAUUUAGUUAUAAAAGUUAUUCAUAAAAGAUCCAACAAUGACAGACACACUUCCUUUUUCAAAAUAAAUGUUAACUUGUUUUUUGGGUUAAAAACCAAAUGUAAAACGGAGCGGUUGUUAUUAGUACAUAGUCACACAGACCCUAAUCAAUUAUCUUGGAACAUAUGGUUUUCUACAGGUGUUAAUCAUCAACUUUUGUAUUGACGCUCAAUUUAUACCUAUUAGUCAGCAUCCAGAUCAUAGUGAGUUUUUUUGGUAAACUUCAAUUCAAGGGUGCUACCAUUUGAAAGCCUCUUAACAGGUGUCACCUCAAGUCCAGGUUGCAGGAGCAACAUUAAACAUUACAGACAGGGUUCAUUCACCUUUUUAUAAUUUUCUCAUGGAAUGUGUAAGCUGUCCUUCUUUAUCACUCCCUGUCCCAUGUGUAUUUCAAAAUAAAGUCUUCUCCCCAUAUACAAACUGA